CGCUUGUUGGCUCCAUAGAGGAGUAAUUUCUUGACGUGAUGCAUGGUUACAGCUACACGGAGAGGUUGUUUAUCUUCUCUGUUUAUUUCCUUGUUCAAACUCCAUUUCACAUCCAAGCAUAGCUUUGCUGGAACGAAUUUGAAAAACUAUGGUUGAAACACAAGAUCAAAGAAAGCACUUGUCUCAGUCCAAGUCAAUUGGUCGUUGCAUAGUGUCCUGUAUCUUCGUCUUCCUCACUCAAUUGGUCCUCACUUUGGUCCCCCGCUUCUUCUCUGCCUCAUCCUUUCUCACCCAACUGGCGUUCUCAGCUCUACUGCUUCUGCUGUUUCUGGGUUUUGGUGGAUGGUGCAGAAGGAGGCUUCUUCAAGUCCGUGCUUCAGCUCCGGCUUUCGUUUUCUUCAACAUUCUCUUUAUUUGGGGCUUUUACGUCUCUGUUAUCAGACAAGCUGUGCCACUACUAAACGACGCCGUUUUCAGCGGUGAGGUUGUGUUCCUCGUCAUUGGUCUCUAUAGUAUACUUACAAGUGACCCUGGCAUUGUAACAAAUGGGUCUGCCUCUUCAGACCAACCUUUGAAUAGUUCAGUUUCUCAAGUUGAUAAUCAUGAUGAGGAGUUGGAGCUUCCAUGUCAUGAAUCAACUGAAGGUUCUGGUUUGGGGACGAGGGUACGAUAUUGCAGAACCUGCAAGGCAUACAUAAAGGGUCUUGACCACCAUUGUCCUGCUUUUGGGAAUUGUAUAGGCCAAAACAAUCAUCUCCUUUUCCUAAUUCUUCUGUUUGGGUUUAUCUCUACUGAAGCUUCUUAUUUAGUAUGCGCAUCGCUUUGUAAGCUAGCACUCUUGUUGUUACUGAUUCUGAUCCCAAUUUACAGACAAUCUUGUGUUUUCCUGUUCAAUGUCUUUCCAAAAUUACUUUGUUUUACAUUCUAUUACUCAUUUUUGGAUCCCUACACUAUUUGCUCAGUUGCUGCCAAAUCCGGGAUCUUAGAUAGACCCAGCAUGGAGCCUACUCUUUCUGAAAAUUUAGCUGUUAGCACAAUUCUGUUCAUGAUUCUCCAACUGGUAUGGCAGGUGGUGUUUGUGAUAUGGCAUAUAUAUUGUGUAUGCGUCAACAUCAGAACUGAUGAGUGGAUAAAAUGGAAGAAGUAUCCAGAGUUCCAACUACUUGUUCAACCCCAGCCAGGGCAAAGCUUUGCGAAUAUUAGGUUCAGGAAUCCGUAUGACAAAGGCAUUCUACAGAAUGUGGAGGAGUUUCUAGCAUUAAGAGCAUAGUAGUGUCAAUGCCUAUCCCAGAAGCCUUGCAUAGUUGUUUGCAUACCAUUCAUGCAAAAACCAUUCUCCACUUAUUGCUUCCUGUAUAUUCCAGUAUUUGGAGCAACAGGACAAGCAUGUUGAUCGACGGAAAUACUUUGUCUAGCACCGAUUUUGUUUAGAAGUUAGUGACCAUUCUAGUAGUUGACAUAGCAUUGAAAUGGCUCCUCUUCAUGGACAUACAUGUCUUGGUUCAGGCAAAUUUGCAGCCUAUAUAUGUGUAUCAUUUGUGAUUUGUUAACCAUAUCAGGAAAGGUAAAUAGCUUGACAAUUCGUGUAACCCUUGUAGAUGACAAUUCGUCUAAUAGUUGAACUUGUUAAUCUUUUAAUUA